AUGACUUUACAUAGUGGCAGAGUAUUUUUAAAUUCCUGCCUUAAAGUGCCCAUCGAUCCUUGUAAUAACUGUCCAGCGCCCGUUUAUAAUAGAUCUAGAAUGUUUUUCGGCAGAUAUUCAAUAUCACCUGUAACGACGCCUUUCGCUUUUCAAAAUCAAUGCAACAAUGGUGAUAAUUUAAAGAAAGACAUUAGCUCUGACUGCAUACGAUCAUUGGCUCGUUUUUACGAUAGUAUACCAGAAUAUUCCGAAUUAAAUCAUUUGAAUGAAGAGGAAUUUUAUUCUACGUUAGAUACACUCCGAAGGACUUGUCGCAAAUUUAAAAUAGCUACAAUGGUAAAAGCAGCUUGCUUAGAAGAACGCGCUAGCACGACAAACAGCAAUUCGACGGUAUCAUCUAAACCUCAUAAAUCGAGAAAAUCGAGAAAAAAGAAGAAAUCUUUCAACAAAACAUUUGAUUUGAAGUCGAAAACGGAAGAAUGCGAAGAUGAUUUAUUGCAAAGAUGCAGCGAUUUAAAAAUUGAGGAUGCAUCAAAUGGAAAAGAAUCGAGCAGUUUAAAAACCGAAAUUCAAGAAGAAGUGGAAAAAUUUAAAAAAUCUCUACAAAAUUUUGAAAAUGAGUUUACACGACCUGGAUCACCAUUUUGCGACGGGAAAGGAAAAACGGGAUUAACGUCAACUAAUACAUCGAUUAAAAAAAUGUAAGUUCAAUCAUAAAAGUUGUUAAAUAAAAAACAAACCAUGUUUUUUUUUUUUUUAAGUGUACCUGUAAAGUCAACGUUUACUUCCAGUCUGCGGGAACGUUUACAAAAGUCUUUCUCUUUUAACGAUCUUCAUUCUUUACAUGAAUCAAGAGCAAGAGCAUCAGCGCAGUUAGAAGAGCGAAAUAAAACUUUAGAACAGAGUUGCUAUAAAGGCAAGAAGAAGUUAAGCAAUUACUUUGAAGAAAAAGGAAAGAGAAAGGAACAAACUCAAACAACCCCAAUAAUCAUAGUGGACUCAGCCAGCUCUUCUCCCAAUUCGAAUAGAAAUGCGGAUAAAAAGACGAAAAAAAGACUAAAAUCUGACAAUUUCCACGUACCGUUCAAAGUUUUCAAUUUGAUUGGAAAUACAAAAAAGCCAAACAACUUAGCGCUUUCAACACCGUCACCGUUACAUCCGCCAGCUCGUCCCAAUUUAGCUGCUACUCUGCGAGUGGAACAUGUUAAGAAGAAAGUGAAAGAAUUAAAGAAUAAUUGCACCUAUCAGAAUACAACGUCACAAUUCGAUUGGGAAGUACGGAAGACUCCUGCGUGGAAAUCUUUAUCGCUUAAUGAACCCCAUAAGGAUAUCUUAGCGGUACGUUUGGCCACUCGGAAAGCUGAGCAAGCCUUGCAGAGACGUGAAUAUGAACUUAAUAUGGAAAUAAUGCGUCAACGUGUCAAAUCGGCUCCUUUAUUAUUAGAGGGUCAAACUUAUUGGGGUCCACAUGUAGGCAAAUUGUCUCAUACUUGUCAGAAAGAAGGCCGACGACAUUUAUGUUCAUCAAAUCAACAACGAAAACAUUCAAAAAAGAACUCUAGUCGUAGUCAAAGUUGUCGUCGCAAUUUAUUUCACAAUUCAUCCGUAGAGCCUUGUUUAGAGACAUCUUCGCCCCAUCCAAGGCAAAUAACUGAGAAUCGUUCUUUGCAAAAGUUUGAUACCUUACGGAAAAUUUAUGGUGGCUUAAGGAAACGUGGAUGCAGUACGAAAUCGCAGACGAAUUCGUCUAAUCGUAGCGGUAGCACGCAACGUUCUGCUUUAAAUCGGCAUAAAGCACCAAAGAAAGCAACUGAGGUACAAAAUUUACCUGUGGACAAUGAUAGUAACGACGAUCUCUCAAGCUUAGAUAGAGCUUUUUUGUAA